CUACUGUAGCUAGCUGCUAAUUUAGAUGUAGUAUGACUUAAUUAAUGAAACUGCCUUAAAUAUGCUGUGGUAAACAUGUUUUAUUCGCACUAAUCAAUCAACACAUUACUGGCUGUGUAUGUCUCAAUAUAAUGGUAUUAUUUAAUUAAAUUCAUUUAAAAGAAUCUUUGUCUGAAAAUAAAAUAUGAUCCUCAACUGCGUUUCCCACUCCAGUCAGCAGACGGCGAUGUGCGUCUUUCAGGCGAUGCUGCUAGGGUGACGUAUAAUCUAGUGGACGUUUCUUCAUAAACAGUUCGUCAAACACCUCGGUAGCUUACUAGCCAACAUAGCCGAAAUAUUCCAGCUGUUUAUACGCUUUCGGCGUAUAUUAGCUAAUGUGUUUUAGACACACUUCUGUCGUAUCUACUUGUUAACCUAUUUCAUUUAAUAUUACGUAAUUUUUUAUUAGUCAGCUAUAGUAGCUGGCUGGGUAAGUUAGCACUAGCAUGGUCACUAAUGAUAGCUGGCUAGCUAACAUCCCCGAACAUGAGCUCCCUAAACUUCUCCCCUCCUGUUAAAGAAGAGGAAGUCUGCUGGACGGAGGAAGAGGGUCUGUGGCUGAACGUCGUGGUGAAAGUGGAGGAAGAGGAUGUCAAAAUACAAAAACAAGUAGAGGGUGAGGCUGUUACAGUGAAAGAAGAAGAGAAAGACCCGUUCAGAGUGAAAGAGGAGGUUGUUACAGUAAAAGAAGAGGAAGAGAAAGAGGAGGAUACAGUUUUUGGAGUGAAGAAGGAAGGGGAGAUUACUAUCACAUUGAAAGAUGAAGAGGAGGAGAUUAACACCAGAAAGAGAAGUGUCUAUCUUGGAUCCUCUGGGGAGCCUCAACAACUUCAUGAUGCUGACGAGGCAGAGAAAGGUCUCUCCAGAUCCGAACUCCUCAAGAAGCACCAGCAGAGACCUACAGGGAAAAAAUCUCACUGCUGCUCUGACUGUGGGAAGAGAUUCACCUCCUCAGCAGGCAUUACAAUUCAUCAAAGAAUCCACACAGGGGAGAAACCUUAUAGCUGUGAUCAAUGUGGCAAGAGAUAUCUUACAUGUAGCAGUCUAACUAAACACCAGAGAACACACACAGGAGAGAAACUUUUUAGCUGCUCUGACUGUGGAAAGAGUUUUGUUUCUUCAGGAUGUUUAGAAUCACACCAGAGAACACACACAGGAGAGAAACCUUAUAGAUGUGAUCAAUGUGGGAAGAGUUUUGUUACUUCUAGUAGUCUGACUAAACACGAGAGAACACACACAGGAGAGAAACCAUAUAACUGUAAACAAUGUGGGAAAACUUUUAGUCAGUCAUUCAGCCUGAUAUCACACACAGGAGAGAAACCGUAUAGCUGUGAUCAAUGUGGGAAGAGUGUUGUUACUUCUAGCAGUCUGACUAUACACCAGAGAACACACACAGGAGAGAAACUUUAUAGCUGUGAUCAAUGUGACAAGAGAUACUCUAGUAAAAGAUCUCUGAUCAAACAUCAGAAAAAACAUACAUGAAGGAGUUGUUUCACGAUAUCAAUGAAAUAAAACCUCAAAAUAUUGAAUGUUUUAACAUUGUAGUAGGAGUAUUUUAAUGAAGUCACAAUGUAGAACCCUAAACGUUUGCCCCCUGUUCAAUUGAUUUCAGCGUGAUAUGGAUAUUAGCCUCGGGAAAAAUCCAGGCUCUGAAAUGGAAGAGUACUAUUUAUGUGGUCUAACAAAAAGUGACUAACAAAAAAAAGAGUUGUGUUGCACUUACCGCGUUGGCGACCCACUUGAAUCAGUAUGUAGCUAGCUGUUUUCUACAAGUUGUCUUCUAACCAGUGAUGUACACAUUAUUCCCAGAUUCCGUGUGGUUUUUGAGCUGUUAGUUUGAGUGAUGACAAAGUGUUCCAUCUCUCCGAAAUGUAGCUGACUGUCUUCUGCAGGUUGUCCUUCAACCAGUGAGGUACCAAGGUAACUCUAAUUUCCACGUGUUUUUGUUGUGUUAGUUAACAGCAGUACAACCUGAUUUCCCCACUAAUCGAAAUCAGUGAUUUAUUGCUACUUGUCAAAACAAGUGUUUCUGUUGCUUGUGCAGGUUAUAAGGUGCUUGUUUAAUAAAUAAAAGUAAUAUGAUUAUAUUUUAUGUUUUCAAUAUAUCACAACCUGUUUCUGCAUAUUGGUUAUUGAUUUGGACACGUUAAAACUGUGUUUUGACAUUGGGGCUAUCUGUUGCAGGAAUUAAAUUCCUAUAUGUUUUAAUACCCAAUUAAAAUGAAACACUGUCAAU